AAGUGGAUUUUGAAUUCUACCCAAACUGGGAUGAGCAGCUGAACUCACCCGAGUUUUUCUUCGUUUUCAGUGAAAUCCCAUUCUCUGGCUGGAGAAACAGAUGGCCUCAAAUGAGAGAGAUGCUAUAUCAUGGUACCAAAAGAAGAUUGGAGCAUACGAUCAGCAGAUAUGGGAAAAGUCAAUUGAACAGACUCAGAUUAAGGGCUUCAAAAACAAACCAAAAAAGAUGGGUCACAUAAAGCCAGACUUGAUUGAUGUUGACUUAAUCAGAGGCUCAACAUUUGCCAAAGCCAAACCCGAAAUUCCAUGGACAUCUCUGACUCGGAAGGGGCUUGUUCGAGUUGUAUUUUUCCCACUGUUCAGCAAUUGGUGGAUUCAGGUUACCUCGAUACGAAUCUUUGUCUGGCUGCUACUGCUUUACCUCAUGCAAGUUAUAGCACUUGUGCUAUAUUUUAUGAUGCCUAUUGUGAAUGUGAGUGAAGUACUCGGACCCUUGUGCCUUAUGUUACUCAUGGGAACCGUCCACUGCCAGAUGGUGUCCACGCAGAUAGCGAGGCCGGCGGGGAGCAACGGGAGUCGGAGGAGAAGAAAAUUACGAAAAACUGUGAAUGGUGAUGGGAACCGAGAAAGUGGAAAUAACUCCUCUGAUAAAGUCAGAGGAGUAGAAACUGUGGAACCUGUACCCUUUAUUAGUGGUUUUUGGGGGACUCUCUUUGGCAACAGGGCUAAAAGAGUAAAGUUAAUAUGUAACAAAGGGACGGAAACCGACAAUGACACCAGCUGCCUGCGCCCUGUCAUUAAGAAGAGGCAGGGUCGACCGGAGAUUAAAACGUGGCCAGAAACAGAGAAAGCAAAGUUUUCAGAUGGAGAAAAGUGCCAUAGGGAAGCUUUCAGGCGUGUGGGUAACGGGAUGUCAGAUGACCUGUCCAGUGAGGAAGACGGCGAAGCCCGGACACAGAUGAUGAUGCUGCGUCGGAGCGUGGAAGGGGCCUCGAGUGACAAUGGCUGUGAAGUCAAGACUAGAAAACCAGUACUUCCAAGGCACACGGACUCUCAGGUAAUGAAAACCACUACCAAGUGGUGUCAUAUUGUGCGGGAUUCAGACAGUCUGGUCGAAUCAGAAUUUGAGUCAGCAGCCUUCAUCAGUCAGGGCUCUCGAUCCGGUGUGGACGGUGGCGCUCGAAGCCUCAGCAUGUCGCGAAGAGACUCGGAGAGCACGCGCCACGACUCGGAGACCGAGGACAUGCUGUGGGACGACCUGCUGCACGGCCCCGAGUGCAGGUCGUCUGUCACCAGCGACAGCGAGGGGGCCCAUGUGCGCACCCUUCCGGCAGGGGCCACGCGUGACCCCAAAGAGGAUGUUUUUCAGCAGAACCACUUAUUCUGGCUUCAGAACUCGAGUCCUGCCUCUGAUCGAGUCAGCGCGAUCAUCUGGGAAGGGAGCGAGUGCAAGAAGCUGGACAUGUCUGUGUUGGAGAUAAGUGGCGUCAUCAUGAGCAGGGUGAAUGCGCAUCAGCAAGGAGUGGGUUACCAGAUGCUGGGAAACGUGGUCACCGUCGGGUUGGCGUUGUUCCCUUUCUUACAUCGACUUUUCCGGGUGAAGAGCCUUGACCAACUCAAGUCCAUCUCAGCAGAGGAGAUCUUGACUCUUUUCUGUGGGGCACCGCCUGUUACACCUGUUAUUAUUUUGUCCAUAAUUAAUUUUUUUGAACGAUUGUGUCUCACGUGGAUGUUUUUUUUCAUGAUGUGUGUGGCAGAGAGAACGUAUAAACAGAGAUUUUUAUUUGCAAAACUCUUCAGCCAUAUUACUUCUGCCAGGAAAGCUAGAAAAUACGAAAUACCUCAUUUCAGACUUAAAAAGGUGGAGAACAUUAAGAUAUGGUUAUCACUGCGUUCCUUUCUAAAGAGACGGGGUCCGCAGCGCUCGGUCGACGUGGUUGUGUCUUCGGUCUUCUUACUGACACUUUCGAUUGCUUUCAUAUGUUGUGCCCAGGUUCUCCAAGGACAUAAAACUUUCCUGAAUGAUGCUUAUAAUUGGGAGUUUUUGAUCUGGGAAACAGCUUUACUACUUUUCUUACUGCGCCUGGCCUCAUUGGGGUCUGAAACCAAUAAGAAAUACAGCAAUGUUUCAAUAUUACUUACCGAACAGAUUAACUUAUAUCUUAAGAUGGAGAAAAAGCCAACUAAGAAAGAGCAGCUUACUCUAGUAAACAAUGUAUUAAAACUGUCCACCAAAUUGUUGAAAGAGCUGGACACACCAUUUCGACUCUAUGGCCUGACAAUGAAUCCCCUGAUCUACAACAUCACACGAGUAGUUAUCCUUUCUGCUGUCUCGGGGGUUAUAAGUGACCUUCUAGGGUUUAAUAUACGACUUUGGAAAAUUAAAUCCUAAGCCGAGUCAUGUGCCUGGACCUGCUCCCUUGCUGGCGUCAGUACUUACCCACGAAGGAAGGAGCUGCCUGGAGAAACCGAGAGGCACCGCCUGCUGGUCCGUGCACAGAGGUGCCCUCCGCCCCACCUGACCUCACGGACGGUGUUUGCAGAGGAACCGAUCUUCUCCGACUGGGCGUGCAUGCUGAGGACCUGUUUUCAUGGGUCCCAAACAACGCGAACAGUCAGGAGUCCAGACACAUUCAAAGUUAGGACAUUUAUUCUGGACAUUUCAGUGCUGUGCAGUUACAUUAACUAGAAAUGGUCUUUUGGGUAACUAUGGUAGAUACCCAAAACAUGAAGCCAAUAUGCUUUAUUGGAAAUAUGCAAAUUCAGUGCUUUCUAUUACAGUGUGUAGAAUCGGUGAUUUCAUUUCUCUAGC